AUGGGUGAACUUGAACCUUGGAUGGAUGAAAACUAUGUAAGACAAGUUUGGUAUCAACUAGGGGAGAACGUUAACGUUAAAUUCAUUCGGGAUAAGUUUACAGGGGCAAAUGCUGGUUAUUGCUUUGUAGAUUUCGUAAGUAAUGCGGCGGCAGUAAAGGCACUCAGUACAGUAAAUGGUUCACCCAUCCCCGGUAUCAAUAGGAUGUUCAAACUCAAUUGGGCAUCGGGAGGUGGGUUAACUGAUAGGAACCGGGAUGAUCGUGGACCAGAGUUUUCUAUCUUUGUUGGAGAUUUAGGACCCGAAGUGACUGAAUGGAUGUUAGUGUCCGUCUUUCAGCAAAGAUAUCCUUCUUGUAAAUCUGCUAAAAUUAUGACAGAUCCAAUGACAGGAAUGUCUCGUGGAUAUGGCUUUGUUCGAUUUGCGGAAGAGGCAGAACAACAACGAGCCCUUAUAGAAAUGCAAGGAUCUUUUUGUGGAAAUCGACCGAUGCGAAUUUCUACCGCUACGCCGAAAAAUAAGGCUGGGUUACAAGGCAACUUUUUCCAACCACAAACUCAACAAAAUACGGUCGUUUUAAAUCAAUAUAAUGAUCCGAAUAAUACUACGGUUUUUGUUGGAGGAUUAUCGGGAAUUAAUAGUGAAGAAGAACUUAGAAGUUAUUUUCAAGGAUUUGGGGAAAUUACAUAUGUUAAAAUUCCACCUGGUAAAGGCUGUGGUUUUGUUCAAUUUGUUCAUCGACAAAGUGCCGAAAUGGCAAUCAACCAAAUGCAACAUUAUCCAAUCGGUAAUUCACGAGUUCGGUUAUCUUGGGGAAGAUCACAAAAUGAUAAAACUGUUGUGGGAUCGUACCGUCCACCACAAGCGAGUCCUUACAAUCCUCUUGGGGGGAUGACAACUUCGACUUCUACUACCACACCUUAUGGAGGUACUUAUGUACCUACCACACCAGUAGUUAAUACUCCUGUGACACCAACUCAACCUCCAAAUUUACAACAAUCCAUUACUGAUCCAUUAGAAUCGGUUCCUGUUCAACGAAUGAAUGAAAUUUUUAUCUCAAAUAAAGAGGCUUUACUUGAAAGAAUGGAAACUGAUGGUAGUAGUUGGAGAGGGGUUUAUGCUCAAUAA